CUGCUAGGUUCUGGGUUUGGUUCGGAUUUGUAUCGAGUCCCCCCUCCCCUCCCAACGCUCUUUAGAUGUUUGUGGGACUCGUGAACGCUAUUGAAUGGUCCAUGCCGCAUCGAAGUCCCAGGCUGUCGACAGUCCCAUAUAGAUCUGCCAUCGACGUUACAAAUGCCCUGUCCUUGAACCCAAAGAAGGAUUUCCUGGAAGAGCUUGUAUAUUCCACAAUUCAACUACUAUGUUGUUGAAUUGUUGGAGUAUCUUCGCCUUGGAUUUUUCACCUCUUUUGCGUCAAUUUAGUCCUAGCAUUUCGCCAUCUAUCUUCUCCAUCGCGAUAGAUGUCCAUCAUUUGCGAGUGAAGGCACAGUCUGCUUUUGGAACUGGUAUUGAGGUGUUCUCUUGUAUACAUCGAAUAGUUGACGCUUCUGCCAGGUUCCGAAGAUAUCCGAAGUUGAUACAUAGCUUGCUACAGAUGAAUAUUUCACGGCUGCGAGAACGAGGAAGCGGCGCAGGCGGGUGUGGUUGAUGGACGGCGACUCGAUUGUCGUCUAGAAAGGAGGGGCUGCCAUUGCAACAGACACUCGUCAAGUCCAAUAUAGCUGUCUCUGUUAUGUGGCUGGAUCAGGCAGUCAUUGAGGUCUUAGCUGUGUUGUUAUGACAGCACGUUGGAUCUUGGAGGGGGUUGCCAAGGCCAGGUACGCCAAAGAGCCGAGUUUAACCCGACCGAUUGACGACGAAGUAAGAGAGCCGAGAGAAUCGCCAAAAUUAUCAACACUUGGAUAUUUGUCGUAAAAAUUGUUCUGGCCUGGGAUAAAGCUUCAACGUUUUCAGACUUGAUUGAAAUGAGAGCCGAUACAUUUCAGAAGAUGAAUGACAGAAGGCUGCAAGGAACAAUAUAGCCAUCUCAUUCUCGGCUCCCGAACUCCCUCCCCUUUUCACGAUCCUGGCUGAUGGGAUUGGGACUUGGACUUGGACUUGGACUGUGCUGAACUCCAUGCUAAUAACCUAAUCAGGCGUCUUCUCCAUUACCGCCACGCCAUAGGUUACAGAGGAUCGUCGUCGUCGCAACAACAUGGUGAAAUUUUCCUUUUCGAUAAACCUAAACUCAAAACGCUGCAAAUAUCGAUAGUCAGCCACAACUCAGAUCAUGUGGAAUGUUGGCUCAAGGGGAUUGCUGCAUCUAUAUCAUAUCUCAAUUUUCUUUUCUGGAUGAAUGGCCUCAUAGCUACGGUUUGCCAAUUUGUAGAUCUUGUCAGCUCCACUUUAGAGUUCUUUUCGGUGCCAUAUGGCCGGCCAUUGGAUACCGAGCUCAAAACUUCUCACCCUGGAAACGUGAAGCAACUGUGGCAACCAGGAAACAAUCGAUACAACUGUGGAGCAGCUUGUGGAGAUAUCUAGAAAGCCUUAUUCCAAGAGCCUUGUCGAAUCAACAAAGUCCAUGAUUCGCUGCUGCUAUUAACAAUCACUCUCCGAACAAUCCGAUUAAUUCAAUUGGCUUCAGUUCUUUUCCGCUAUCGAAUUGGUGGAAAGACUGUGCAGAUCAGGCUACAAAAACCGGGUCCGGGUAUUCCCCUGAUGCCGAAGCUUCCUUUUAUUACCCUGCUCAGAACCUCAUUUUUUUUCCGCGGGCUUGAACUCUCCGCCAAAAGCAUGUUUUUCCACUCCAAUUUUUUGAAUGGAAGCGUAGUAGGCCUCGCUGUUCAUCUGGGCAUUUUUAUCCGGGGAGAAUGGCACAUGCAGGCGCCUAAACUGCUUUUCUCGCAUCUUAUUCUAUCCUUAGUAACUUUUGGUUUUAAUAUUCGACUCUCUGGCUUCUCACCAAUUGCGUGCUCUAAUGCAUAUACUGUUCUUGGAGGCUACGUUUGUGGUCUUUUUUCGAGCAUCUUAUUGUACAGGCUGUCUCCUUUCCACCGGCUGUCCAAGUUUCCUGGCCCUCGUCUUGCCAGAGUUAGCAAACUCUGGCACGUGUGGCAAUGUCGGGAUUCUCGCAACCAUCUGGUCAUUGAACGUCUCCAUGAAGAAUAUCCAGGUGACUUUGUAAGAAUAGGUAUCAGCUUCCUCUGAAAUCGUUUAAAAAUUAUGGGCUCUUCCUAACUAUACCAGGUCCUAGUGAGCUAGCUGUCUACCAUCCUGACGGCUUAGAUAUUGCUCUUGGUCUUGGGACGAAAUGCACAAAAUCGGAUUUCUUCGACAUGAUGUUGCCAAAUUUCUCCUUAGUAUUUACCCGGGACCAGGCAACCCAUCAUGCCAGACGUCACGUUUGGACCAAGGCUUUGAGUAUGAAAUGUAGGCGUUUCCCGAACAUCCUGAAAUACAUGAUCUUAAUUUGCCAAUCGUGUAGCUAUUAAAUUGUACCAGAAUCGGAUCAAUCGACAAAUUGAAGUUCUGAGGACUCAAAUUCGCGAGUCUGCACUUGCCUGUGAAGAAGUUGUGAUCAACGAUGUCCUUUACUGGUUUACUUUCGAUGCAAUGGGAGAGUUCGCGUUUGGCGAGGAUUUUGGUAUGAUGAGGGAGAAGAAGUGGCAUUUUGCUAUUGGAAUGUUCCGAAGAGCACUUUCUCUGCUAGGCAUGUUUUCCUCUGCCAUGUGGAUAAUUCGAAUUGGUUUCGAGCUGUUUCCCUGGGCGCCCAGAGCAAGAGAUUGGCUUUCUAUGGAAGCUUUCUGUCACAAGCAGAUGGAUAAGCGAGCUUCGGUAUGUUUGGAGUCGUCCACUUUUGAGCUGCGUUCUAAUUUGAUCUAGACCAAAUCGAGCGAAAUAGAUGUCGCAUCGUUUUUCCUUGAAGAGGCAGAGAAGCUUGGAGAGAGUCAUAGCGCAGCAAGAGACAAAUGGCUCAAAGGAGACGCAACCACGGUUAUAGUUGCUGGGAGGUAAGUUGAUUGGUCAGCAUCCCCAUGUAUGGAUCUCAGCUAAUUUCCUCCCAGCGAUACAACAGCUCCAUCGUUCGUUUUCAUAUUCUACUGCCUUGCCAAGUACCCCUUGGAUGCAGAAAAGAUCUACGAAGAAGUCAAAAACGUAGACACUCUUGAAAUUGCUACUGUGACAACCUUACCACAUCUAAACGGCGUUAUUAACGAGGCGAUGCGACUUUAUCCAGUUCUUCCCACUGGAAUAUCUCGACUUACCCCUCCAGAGGGAGUUAUGUUUGGCAAUACCUUUGUUCCUGGGAAUACAAAGCUUCUCCUCCCUGCCUGUGUGAUCUCGAAACGUGAGUCUCACGAAUCCAAAAAAAAUGUAGAUGUUAACGAUAACUAUGCAGUCGAAAGUGCAUUUGUUCGAGGCACAGAAUUCAUCCCAGAACGCUGGUAUAGCAAGCCUGAAAUGAUCAAGAAAAAGCAUGCCUUUGCACCUUUUGGAUUGGGUAAGUUUACUGUUCUAAUUUCUCCUGCAUACUCCAUUUUGGACUUAGAGCGCUGAUGGAUCUCGAUUGUAGGUCGAAUGACUUGCGCCGGCAAUGGCUUGGCAAUGACACAGUUACGUUUGGUAACUGCAACGCUCGUUAAAGAAUUCAAGAUUAGCUUUGCGCCUGGAGAGGACGGAGUUCCUUUCCUGAGAGAUAUGAGAGAUCAAUUGACUGCUCAGCCCGGACAAUUGAAGCUUUUGUUUCAAGAAAGAACAUGA